AUGCAUCCAGGACAGGUCCCAAACGGCUUUAGCAACAGCCCUCCCACAGAAAGCCUUUCCUCUCCUUCAGUCACAAGUACAGUUGGCUCAGGAAUCCUUCAAGGAAGUGAGAGCUUCUCCAGUUCGUCUUUUACCAGUUCUUCCUCACGUAAAGACAGCAGCAGUGCCCCGGUUCCAGCACAAGGGAAAAGCAGUGCCCAUAAAGUUUGUCUGGUUUGUUCUGAUGAAGCAUCAGGUUGCCACUAUGGUGUCCUCACCUGCGGAAGCUGCAAGGUCUUUUUUAAAAGAGCAGUUGAAGGGCAGCAUAAUUACCUAUGUGCUGGAAGAAAUGACUGCAUCAUCGACAAGAUCAGGAGGAAGAAUUGUCCCGCUUGCCGUUUCCGCAAGUGUCUAAUGGCUGGCAUGAACCUUGAAGCCCGUAAAAUCAAGAAGAAUCGUCAAAAAGGUGAGCAGCCGCGUAAUGUGCCAGAAGUGCUUCAAACCUCCCCACCUGUGGAGCCCCGCCCCCUGGUUCCCAAAUGUAUGCCCCAGCUCGUGCCCACCAUGCUGUCCCUGCUGAAGGCCAUCGAGCCUGAGACCAUCUACGCAGGCUAUGACAGCUCACUGCCUGACACGUCCACUCGCCUCAUGACCACGCUGAACCGACUGGGAGGAAGACAGGUCAUCUCUGCCGUCAAGUGGGCCAAGUCUCUGCCAGGAUUCAGGAACCUGCACCUUGAUGAUCAAAUGACUCUUCUGCAGUGCUCUUGGCUCUUUCUCAUGUCGUUUGGUUUGGGAUGGAGGUCAUACCAGCAAUGCAAUGGCAACAUGCUCUGUUUUGCCCCAGACCUCGUCAUAAAUGAGGAUAGAAUGAAGCUGCCUUUCAUGACGGAUCAGUUUGAGCAGAUGCUGAAGAUUUCCAGCGAGUUUGUCCGUCUGCAGGUGUCUCAUGAUGAGUUCUUGUGUAUGAAGGUCCUGCUGCUGCUCAGCACAGUGCCAAAGGAUGGUCUAAAGAGCCAGGCGGUGUUCGAAGAGCUGAGGAUGUCAUACAUAAAGGAGCUGGGCAAAGCAAUAGUCAAAAGAGAGGAAAACUCCAGUCAGAACUGGCAACGUUUCUAUCAGCUCACCAAGCUCCUGGAUUCCAUGCAUGAGAUGGUUGGCGGGCUCCUCAAUUUUUGUUUCUACACUUUUGUAAACAAGUCCCUGAGUGUUGAGUUCCCAGAGAUGUUGGCAGAAAUCAUCAGCAAUCAAUUACCAAAAUUCAAAGCUGGGAGUGUGAAAGCGCUCCUGUUCCACCAGAAAUGA